UAUGCAAAAACUAGCUAUCUUGACAUUAGUUGUUGCUCUUACAGCUUCCAAAUUUGUUGAUACUCAUGCAUCCUUGGCUCAGAUUGAUUCUGAUCCAUUUGGAAAUGUUGUGUUGUCAGCAAUUAAGGCUCACAUUCAAGCCCAAACACCAGCCAAUGAAGUUAAUAUGUUAUUGAACGGUGUCGCUGCUGGAUUAUAAUAAGAUCAAAAUGACCACGAUCACACUUUCGAACUUGACACAACUACCAACAACAGAGUAAGAAUAUUUAUUAAGAAUAUCUUAGAUUGUCGAAGAUUUGGAAAAGGAAAUCUUAUAUCACUAAAAUCAAAUUUCAUCUAACACUUAAUUGAGAGAUGACACAAUUGAAGCUUUGGCUGUUUCUGAAGAAGACAUCAGAGUCACAAUUUAAGACAUUGCAACAAACGAAGCAACAUAUGCUAGAGAAGAAGCUACAAGAAACUAAUAACACGAAACCUUCGUUUCCAAGAUUGCUGCCAUUGAUGAUGUUAUUGAUGCCAUUGAUGAUGCUGCCAAAUUAAUUCAACAUUUGAGUUUAGGUGCUUCAUUCGUCUAAGUCAAAUCAAAAUAUGAAACCAUUCACAAGAGACUUACAGAUAACACAUCCCACUCCCAACUCUUAUAAGUAUUUAGAUUCUUAUAUAUCUUUAUUAUAGCCAGUCGUUGCUGCUCUUACAGAAUUAGCUACACACGGAGUUAACUAAAAGGCUUUAACCAAGAUUGCUUAACUCUUGAGCGAAAUCAGAUAAUAAUUAGUCUAAGAGAAGGCUGUUAAAACUGUAAUCAUUUAAAUCCAAUAAUAAAGGAUGUUGAAGAUAGAUAAGCUGCUCAUUGGGCUGAAUUCAGUGCUCACUUGAGUAACGAACACACCAGAUUGGUUGAAAGAAAAGCUUAAUUGGAAGUCUAAAUCUAAGAAUAAAAGGAUACCAUUGAAGAUGCUUAAUCAUGGAUCGAAUUCCACACCUUAGAAUUAGAAAAUAGUGAAGAAAGACUUGCUGGAUAAUAAGCAUGGUAUGCAGUCUAAUCAGAAAUCUAUGAAACUUAAACUGCUGAAAGGUAUAAUUAAAAUUUAAUUCAAAUAGAGCUGCUUAAAACGAAAUCGUUGACAGACUCUAAGAACACAUUAGCGAGAAAUUAUCAACCACCGCUCAAUUCAUCAGCAAGAGAAAUUGAUU